AUGAAAGUCGCCAUCAUCGGCGGCGGUCCAGCUGGUCUGGCCACCCUUCGAUUCCUAGCUCAUGCUCACGAGUAUUUCCCCAUCCCUCCUAUCGAGGUCCGCCUCUUCGAAUCUGAAGCCCAGGUUGGAGGCACUUUCGCCUAUCGUGUGUACGAAGAUGCCGAGCUCGUAUCGUCAAAGUAUUUGACUGCCUUUUCUGAUUUCCGCCUUCCAAAAGAUGCCCCUGAUUUCAUCACUCCGGCGGCUUAUGUCAAGUAUCUCAAGGACUACGUUGCGCACUUUAACCUUGGGUCUAUGAUCGAGUGCAACACCAAGGUUGCCAAAGUCCGCCGUGGAAAGCACAACACCGGUCAUGUCCUCAACUUGACUCAGGAGUCUGGCCCUUUCGAGUGGAAGUGCGACGCUGUAGCCGUCUGCACAGGCAUCAACGUCAACCCGGUCAUGCCCUAUAUCGAGGGCAUCGAACGAGUUGAAACAGUCCUUCACUCGUCGCGACUCAAGACUCGAGACCAGUUUGGCAAAAACACCCAUGUGUACAUCAUGGGCGCCGGCGAAACUGGUAUGGACCUUGCCUACCUUGCUGUGACUUCGGCCGCCAAGACCGUCACCCUUUGUCACCGCGAUGGUUUCUUUUGUGCACCCAAGAUCAUCCCCAUUCCUCGGGUUAGGGGUCAAUCAGACACGUCUACCAUCCCAAACAAGCCAGUAGACACUUCGGUUGCAAGCUUGUUCGAUACAGCCUAUGUCCACCCCAAGCUUCAGAACAGUCAGCUUCUCUGGACUUACUACGACAAAUGGAUCAAAAACAUGCAUAUCUUCAUCUCUGGUACCGAAGAGGGUCCCGACCAGUGGGUUGGCCAAAUGAGCCCUUCACGAAAACAUGCGGACUCCAUUCUUCUUUGCAAGAGCGACAAGGCUCUCCCUUACAUGAACGUCGGCAAGCGAUCCACUUCCUGGUUCAACCGUGUUCGAUCUGCCUACAUCAAUGUUGAAAUCAAGGACACAAAAGGCAAGAAGAUUGACGUGGUGAGCUGGCCUGAGAACAUCGACCGCGAUGGCUUGAUGAACUUUGGCAAGACGCUCCCAAGCGACUCGAUCAUCCCAACAGAGCAGCGUAAGCCUGACGUUGUAAUUUUUGCCACUGGUUAUACCCGCGAAUUUGCCUUUUUGGAUGAGGAGUACCCGAACGUCGCGCAGACCAAUGUCCGAGGCAUCUACAAGGAAGGAGAUGUAACGAUUGGCUACAUUGGAUUCGUUCGCCCUGCAAUUGGUGCCAUCCCUCCCCUCGCCGAGCUCCAGGCCCAGUUGUGGGUUUACCGUCUACUCCAGGACCACUAUCCCAAGGAAGUCCCCUCUACUCGUGACCCUGAUGCUCUUGAGCCUUACGAGCUUGAUUAUCAGCUUCACUCCCGCGGCAACUACAGCUUUUGGGACACCAAGCGAGCUGUUGACCAUGAGAGCUAUGCUUACCAGCUUGCCCUCGACAUGGGUUCUGCUCCCCGCGCCUUGACCGUGAUGAAGAAGGGCUUCAAGGUCUUUUACACCUGGGCCAUGGGAUCCAACUUCAACACCAAGUUCCGAUUCAUCGGUCCUUGGAAGUGGAACCAGGGCGCUGAGAAUAUCAUGCGCAACGAGUUGUUCAACGUCGUCAAGCGCUCUGGUGGUUUUGUUUAUCUUGCAACCUACACUCUCGUACCUUUCUUCAUUUUUGGAACUAUGAGCAUGGCUCUCUAUGCUUUCUACACCAUUUACGACCUUUUUGCAUUUUGUUUUGGCCGACGAUCCAAGGUUGGUACCUCCAAGACCUGCGAGUAA